AUGUCCUCCUUUCAGAUCAUUUCAUCCCUUCGAUAUGACCCCGAUCUGCCGACGGUGACCUCCCAACAUGCAAGCAUCUACCCUCACCCAGCGCAGUCGCCUUAUUAUCUCCUGGCCUACCAUCAACAGCGUCUUAUAAGUGCUGCCCAGCACUUCCAAUGGCCCAAGGCAUUGGAUUUUCUACAACGGGACCUAGGCGAUUUCGAACAAUUCCUAGACGCGUUUAUCCCAGACAAGCACAAGCCAUGGAGAUUGAGGAUUGUGGUGGAUUCCGAGGGGAAUGGCUCAGUUGACGUACAUCCGGCUCCUGCUAGCAGUCUUCUUCACUUCGUGAUCCCUUCCCAAGAUACGGAUCUGCGAUCUCCUGUGUGGAAAGUAUAUCUGGAUACACAGUCGACAACGCCCUCCGGCUUCACGACUCACAAAACCACUGCGCGGAAUGACUAUACGGCAGCUCGUCUACGAGCCGGCAUUAGCUCGCCAGCGGAAACAUCAGAAGUUUUAGUGGUCAACCCAAAUGGCGAAAUCAUGGAAGGCAGCAUCACUACUCCUUACUUUCGACGGCACGACACUGGAGACGGUGGUGGAGCUUCGGGUCCAGAAUGGAUUACGCCGCCCUUACAAAGUGGUGGAAACGCGGGAACAUCUAGAAGAUAUGCGUUGUCCCAGGGAUUCUGUACAGAAGAGGUGAUUAGCACGGCCCAGCUAAGAGACGGCGAUGAAUGUUGGCUCAGCAAUGGAGUCCGCGGGUUCAUGCGUGGCAAAGUCAUUCUGGACCGGUAG